CAGCGGGGCAGGUUGGCCGUACUAUAGGCACGUCCGCCGCCGCUUUCCCGGCAACUUUCCGACACUAACUUUAAACAAGUGAAGUGAACAUUUCGAUUGCCUUACAUAUUUUUGAUUGUGUUGAAUGUUUAUAUUCAGUUCCUGCUAUAACCAACUUCUUAAUCGAACGAUUUCAACCAGUCUUCACCACUGGGCCAUGCCAGCAAGCUUCCACCUACACCGCUAAAACACCGGUCAAGAUUCCCAAGUCCCGCCAGAAAGCGCCGAGAUGCAACCGAAAACGAAGAGAUAAGAAAUAUAAGGACGAGAGCCCCACGAUGUUCUCAUUGUCGGAGGGGUGCGGGUGCGUGAGCUUCCGCGGGGGGAGGAGGAACCGGUCCCUCGGCGAUGACUCAUCCUCCUGCCGGAGCUCCGAGAUUGAACAAGAAGUUCCUAAGAAGUUGGGGCGGAGGCUCCUCGACGGACAAUGCAACGUGAGAGCUCUUGUGCCUUUCUUGAAGUUCUGGAAGAGGGAUGACGUCAGUAUGACGAAGGCUGAAAGAACCAUGAAAGCGGCCAUUUUAAUCCAGCAGUGGUACCGGCGGUACCUGGCGCGGAUGGAAGUACGGAGACGGUACACAUGGACCAUAUUCCAGAGCAUCGAGUACGCCGGAGAGCAGGAUCAAGUCAAACUGUACAACUUCUUCAACGCCCUUCUGAGUCACAUGAGGGACAGCAGUGGCCGGGUCUCGUCGGAGCGUACGUCGCGGACUGCUUCCGUGUUGGAGCAAGUAUUCUCGGAAGAGUCCGACGAGGGUGGGGGCGUGGACGAGACGGCGCCGCCGAAGCCGUCGCGCGGGCCCGACAUCGAGUUCCCACUGCAGAGGAAGGAUGUCGACCUACUGAUUGAGGCCUUUAGGAAAAAAAAGAAUCGAUUUGAACUAUACUCGACAUUCCAGCACCGUCUACAUGCGAGGUAUGUGGCCCAGAUUCUGAAAGAGGCCACCCAACUACUGAAGAGACUCCCUAACAUCAACGUGGCCACUACUUCGAUCUCAAGCCAAAUUACUGUCUGCGGCGACCUGCACGGGAAACUCGAUGACUUGCUCGUCAUAUUUCACAAGAAUGGAUUGCCGUCGCCGGAGAAUCCUUAUAUAUUCAACGGGGACUUUGUAGACCGAGGAAAGAAGGGCUUGGAGGUGUUCCUGUUGCUGCUGACCUGCAUGCUGGCGUUUCCUGGAGGGGUCUACCUCAACCGCGGCAACCACGAAGACCUGAUUAUGAACCAAAGGUAUGGUUUCUUAAAAGAGGUGCAUCAGAAAUAUCGGCACAACGCUGAGCGGCUGCUGAAGCUGAUAGAGGGUGUGUACCGCUGGCUGCCGCUAGGCACCAUCAUCAACAACCGCGUGUUCGUGGUGCACGGCGGCAUUUCCGACACCACUGACCUCGACAUGAUCCGCAGCUUGGAGAGAGACAAAUACGUGUCGCUGCUGCGGCCACCGGUCACGGAGAAUUGCGCACCAGGCUCGGAGGUCAUCGACAAGGUGGAAUGGAAACAGGUAUUCGACAUCCUCUGGUCAGACCCCCAGGCCGUUGGCGGGUGCGUGGCGAACGCGCUGCGCGGCGCGGGCACCUACUUCGGCCCUGACGUGACCACUUCGUUCCUGCAGAAGAACAAGCUCAGCUUCCUGAUACGCAGCCACGAGUGCAAGCCGGGCGGGUACGAGCUAUUGCAUAACGGAAACGUCAUCACAAUCUUCUCCGCAUCCAACUACUACGAGCUGGGCUCCAACAAGGGCGCAUAUUUGAAGCUGUGCGGCAACUCGCUUGAGCGGCAGUUCGUGCAGUACACGGCGGCGGUCUCGCGCACUAGACGGCUCACGUUCCGGCAACGUGUCGGCCUCGUCGAGUCCUCGGCGAUGCGCGAGCUGCACAACCUCAUCAUGUCGGCGCGGAGGCCGCUCGAGGCCUACUUCCGCAGUAUGGACGUGGAGCAAAGCGGAUACAUACCCAUCAGCGACUGGUGCGCGGCCAUGGAAGAGACCACGCACCUCGGGCUGCCGUGGCGCAUGCUCAAGGACAAACUCGUGCGCACGGACCCCGACACGCGCAGGGUGCGCUACAUGGAUACCUUUGAGUUCACUGCUAAUAAACUGGCCCGUAAAGCAGACACGCAGACUGUCGUGGACACUCUUUACAGAAACAAGACUAGUUUAGAAGCUAUUUUUAAAAUCUUAGACAAGGAUAACUCAGGCUACAUAACUCUCGAGGAGUUCUCGGAAGCGUGUCAGCUCCUUGGUAAAUACAUGCCGAACCCGAUGACGCAAGAGCAGCUGGUGGACAUCUGCCGCCUGAUGGACAUUAACAAAGACGGACUCGUCGACCUUAACGAGUUCCUUGAAAGCUUCCGGCUCGCGGAGAAGAGCCUCGAGGGCGACGACGAGGAGGACACUUGACAGGAGCCCUGCCGCCGCCCCUGCCGGACGGCGGUCGAUCGCGACGAGACUGGCGUCACCGUUGAGGUACUCAAACUCGACGAAGACCCUAAAAUCAGCAAGAAAC